CUGGCGCGGCAAACAUCCGGUUGACCGAAAGCCGGGCCAAAAGCCUUCCCCGGCUGGAUUUCGAUACACAAAAAAGUGGAACCAGAUACGUGCAGAGGUUGGAGUUCGGGUUUGUGUUUUUUCCGGCGGUGCGCCGGGGAAAAUAUUAUCGAUACACUGGAUAGCAGCUGGCCUCAGAAAUGGCUCAACAUUGGACCCAACACGGACUAAAAACUGUACUUAUUUUUAUCUUCUAUCUGAAUCAUGGGCUCAGCAGUGCGCUCCAGAGCGUUUCCGAAGAACAGUUCCUGGCCGAGCUGGGCGACGACGAUUCGCCAGACGGUCGCCGACAGUCGCCGGCCACCCGGCGGCCACCGCCACUGCGCAGCCGGCCACCGUACCUCGGUAUGUACGGGGCGCCCGCCAGCUCUCACCAUCAGCACCUCGGUGGCGGUCUGUCCGGCAGCGGGCCCGAGACGAGCGACAACGAAAUUUACGACUCGGACGAAAGCAACCGGCUCCGGACACCGCUCGACCGUGGGCCGCACUUCGAUUUGUCGACCUCCAAGAACAUCACGGCGCUGGUCGGCAAAACGGCGUACCUCAACUGUCGCGUCAAAAAUCUGGGCAAUAAAACGGUCUCCUGGGUGCGGCACCGGGACAUUCAUCUGUUAACCGUAGGUAGAUUCACCUAUACUUCCGACCAGCGAUUCCAGGCUGUACAUAAUCCCCAGAACGAUGACUGGUCGCUGCAAAUCAGAUACCCUCAGAAGCGGGACACCGGAGUGUACGAGUGUCAGAUCUCGACGACGCCACCGGUCGGCCACUCGAUGUUUCUCUCCGUCGUCGAGCCCAUCACCACGAUCGUCGGUGUACCGGAUCUGUACAUCAACACCGGCUCCACUGUAAAUUUAACCUGUAUAGUACGCAACUCGCCCGAACCACCCUCCACCAUCAUGUGGACCCACAACAACCAGGAGAUCAACUAUGACUCCCCGCGGGGCGGGGUGUCCGUCAUCACGGAGAAGGGUGAAACGACCACGUCCUACUUGCUGAUCCAGCGCGCCCGGACGACCGACACGGGCAAGUACGUGUGCUCGCCGUCGAACGCGGAUCCGGCCACGAUCAACGUGCACAUCUUGAACGGUGAACACCCGGCGGCAAUGCAGCACGGUGGCCAGCUGCGGAUAGGCGAUCCCCUCCACGUGUUCGUCCUGUGGCUGAUCAGCUUCCUGAUGGGGCGCCGAUGAGGGUGAGGUGUUGGUUGC